UUGCAGCGACUUUUGAAGUCCGAACAGUUGUCGGAGCCGCGCGCCGCCACGGGUCGCCCUCCCCGCUGCUCGUGUCCCAGCGGAACCGGGGUAGAUUUCUAGAGUCCGGAGAGAGCCACGUCUUCAAGUUCUUGUAGGUUCGAGGUCUUACCGAUCUGCGGAGCGCAACAAAGGGAGGGAGGACCCGAGCGCCUCGCAGCCGGAGCCGAGGCUGGGGCGGCGGCCGAGACCGCGAGCGACCCCGGCCCCUCCCCGCGCCCACGCGUCUCUCUCCCCCUCUCGCCCCGGUCCUGGCAGCGAUGCAGGAGGUCGAGGCCGGCUGCGCCGUGGCGUUCGCCGAAGCCCAGAGAUGGGUGGAGGCAGUAACAGAGAAGAAUUUUGAAACAAAGGAUUUUCGAGCCUCUCUAGAGAAUGGUGUUCUGUUGUGUGAUUUGAUUAAUAAGCUUAAACCUGGUGUCAUAAAGAAGGUCAAUAGACUGUCCACACCAAUAGCAGGUUUGGAUAAUAUAAACGUUUUUUUGAAAGCUUGUGAACAGAUUGGAUUGAAAGAAGCCCAGCUUUUCCAUCCUGGGGAUCUACAGGAUUUAUCAAAUCGAGUCACUGUCAAGCAAGAAGAGACCGAUAGGAGAGUGAAAAAUGUUUUGAUAACAUUGUACUGGCUGGGAAGAAAAGCACAAAGUAACCCCUACUAUAAUGGUCCAUAUCUUAAUUUGAAAGCAUUUGAGAAUCUUUUGGGACAAGCUCUGACCAAGGCACUUGAAGACUCCAGCUGCCUGAAACGAAGUGGCAGGGACAGUGGGUACGGAGACAUCUGGUGUGCUGACCGGGGAGAGUUCCCUGUGCCCCCAGGCAGCCAUAGGAGAGAAGAUUCAUUUGAAAGCUUGGACUCUCUGGGCUCAAGGUCCUUCACAAGCUGCUCCUCUGAUAUCACGCUGAGGGGUGGGCGUGAAGGUUGCGAAAGCGACACAGAUUCUGAAUUUACCUUCAAAAUGCAGGAAUAUAAUAAAGAUGAUAUGUCCUAUCGAAGGAUUUCGGCCAUUGAACCAAAGUCUGCUUUACCAUUCAAUCGUUUCUUACCCAACAAAAGUAGACAGCCGUCCUACGUGCCGGCGCCCUUGAGGAAGAAGAAGCCGGACAGACAUGAGGAUAACAGAAGAAGCUGGGCAAGCCCGGUCGGCACAGAAGCUGAUGGGACCUUUCCAAGUAACGAGAGAAGAACUUGGGGCACACAUGUGGAGAACUGGACAGCAGUACAAGAAACUUCAGACUCCUUCUGUUACUUGGAGGAGGAAGAAGAGAGGACAAGCAUCCCCGACACUGUAAAGGAUGACCUUUACGUGCGAAAGCUAAGCCCCAUCAUGCCAAACCCAGGGAACACUUUUGAUCAGUUUCUUCCCAAAUGUUGGAUCCCAGAAGAUGUGAACUGGAAAAGAAUAAAAAGGGAAACUUAUAAGCCAUGGUAUAAAGAAUUUCAGGGAUUCAGUCCGUUUUUAUUACUUCAGGCCCUCCAAACAUAUUCUGAUGACAUCUUAUCUUCUGAAACAAAUAUCAAACUUGAUCCCACUGCUGGCCCAAGGCUCAUAACUCGCAGGAGGCAUCUCUCUUAUGCACCAGGGUAUAGAAGAGGUGACCUUGAGAUGUCAGCCCUCGAUCCUGACUUAGAGAAUGACGAUUUCUUUGUCAGAAAGACUGGGGCUUUCCAUGCCAAUCCAUGUGUUCUCCGAGCUUUCGAAGACUUCAGAAGGUUUUCUGGGCGAGAUGAUCCUGUAGAGCGAGAUAUAAUUCUGCAGUGCAGAGAAGGUGAACUCGUACUUCCAGAUCUAGAGAAAGAUGAUAUGAUUGUCCGCCGAAUUCCAGCGCAGAAGAAAGAGGUGCCUCUCUCGGGGGCCCCAGAUAGAUACCAACCAAUCCCUUUCCCCGAGCCCUGGACUCUUCCUCCAGAAAUUCAAGCAAAGUUUCUCUGUGUACUUGAAAGGACGUGCCCAUCCAAAGAGAAAAGUAAUAGCUGUAGAGUACUAGUUCCUUCGUAUCGGCAGAAGACAGAUGACAUGUUGACCCGUAAGAUCCAGUAUUGGAAGCUGGGAACUUCUGUGCCUCCCAUCAGUUUCAUCCCCGGUCCCUGCAGUGAGGCGGACUUACGGAAGUGGGAGGCCAUCCGGGAGGCCAGCAGGCUUAGGCACAGGAAACGGCUGAUGGUUGAGAGACUCUUUCAAAAGAUUUAUGGUGAGAAUGGGAGUAAGUCCAUGAGCGAUGUCAGCGCCGAAGAUGUUCAGAACUUGCGGCAGCUGCGUUACGAGGAGAUGCAGAAGAUGAAAUCCCAAUUAAAAGAGCAAGAUCAGAAAUGGCAGGAUGACCUUGCAAAAUGGAAAGAUCGUCGAAAAAGCUACACUUCAGACUUGCAGAAGAAAAAAGAAGAGAGAGAAGAAAUUGAAAAGCAGGCGCUGGAGAAAUCUGAGAAAAGCUCUAAGACAUUUAAGGAAAUGCUGCAGGACAGGGGAUCCCGAAAUGAGACGUCUACAAUUACAUCGAGGAGUAGAAUAUAUUCUUCUGAUGAUGUAUUGAGUGAAGACAAGCUUCCCCUGACACUAACUAUGUCAGAAGCAAGUCACCAGGGUGAGAGAGUAGAAGAGAAAGGAACAACUUAUCCUACAGAAAUUCCUAAACAAGAUUCUACGACUGUUGUGAAAAGAGAGGACACUCUACCAGCUGAAGUUCGGCUUCCUUCUAAAAGCCCCACGGAAGAACAACGCCCAGCCUCUUUGUCUUCCCAGCGUUCACUGACUACACAAAUGGAGUCGACUCGAGUUUCAGCUUCUCUCCCCAGAAGUUACCAGAAAACUGAUACAGCUAGGUUGACAUCUGUGGUCACACCGAGACCUUUUGGCUCUCACUCAAGGGGAAUCUCAUCGCUCCCGAGAUCCUACACGAUGGAUGACGUUUGGAAGUAUAAUGGAGAUGUAGAAGGCGUUAAGAGAACUCAGUACAGUUCGGUCAGCACCUCUGUGCAAACAUCUGACCCAAGCCAGCUGGCUUCCAGCUCCUUUGGUGAAAUAGAGGCAGUGACAUCGGGAGAGGGUGUGAUGAGGUUGCCCUCUCCUACACCCCCCUUCUCAUCUCUCUCCCAGGACUGGGCUGCCACUUCUAAUGCUACCUGGUCUUCAGUAUCUGGCCCCAAUUCAAUGUCUGACCUUGGAGAAGGGAGAAGCUCACCACAGACAGAGGUGUCACGAUCAAAGGAUCAGUUCAGUGAUAUGAGAAUCAGCAUAAACCAGACGCCUGGGAACGGCCUUGACUUUGGGUUUACAGUAAAAUGGGAUAUUUCCGGGAUCUUCAUAGCAUCAGUGGAAGCAGGUAGCCCAGCAGAAUUUUCUCAGCUACAGGUAGAUGAUGAAAUUAUUGCCAUCAACAAUACCAAGUUUUCAUAUAAGGACACAAAAGAGUGGGAAGAAGCCAUGGCUAAUGCUCAAGAAACUGGAAACCUAGUAAUGGAUAUUAGGCGGUAUGGAAAGUCUGGUUCACCUGAAACAAAGUGGAUUGAUGCAACUUCUGGAAUUUACAACUCAGACAGAUCUUCAAAUCUAUCAAUAAUGACUGAUUUCUCAGAAAGCCUUCAGAAUUCUAAUACCGAGUCCAAGGAAAUCAAUGGGAUUCGUGAUGAAAGCAGUACUUUUGAAUUAAAAGCAUCUGAACCUAUUUCUUUGAAAAACUUAAAAAGGCGAUCACAAUUUUUUGAACAAGGAAGCUCUGAUUCUGUGGUUCCUGAUCUUCCAGUUCCAACUAUCAGUGCCCCGAGUCGCUGGGCGUGGGAUCAAGAGGAGGAGCGAAAGCGGCAAGAGAGGUGGCAGAAGGAGCAGGACCGCCUGCUGCAGGAAAAAUACCAACGUGAGCAGGAGAAACUAAGGGAAGAGUGGCAAAGAGCUCAGCAGGAGGCUGAGAGAGAGAAUGACAAGUUCUUGAAUGAGGAGCUGAUGGUCCUGAACUCAAACAUCACAGCUCUGACCACACGGGAGCCUACUGUUGCCACCUUAGAAGCCACCUGGGAUGAAGGGUCCAAGUCUUCUGACAGGGAAGGAACCCGAGCAGGAGAAGAGGGGAGGAGACAGUGGCACGAGGAAGAGAUGAUUGAGGACAUUGAGAAAGAGAGGGAACUGAAGGAGCAACAAUAUGAGGAAGAGCAGGAGGAGAUGCGGCGUCAGGCUGAGGCUGAGGAGCAGAAGCGCUACGCAGAAGAACAGAAGCUCCAGGCAGAGGAGCAGAAGCGCCAGGCAGAGGAGCAGAAGCGCCAGGCAGAGGAGCAGAAGCGCCAGGCUGAGGAGCAGAAGCGCCAGGCUGAGGAGCAGAAGCGCCAGGCUGAGGAGCAGAAGCGUCGCACAGAAGAACAGAUGCACCAGGCAGAGAGAGAGAGGGAAACGUCAGUCAGAAUAUACCAGUAUAGAAGGCCUGUUGAUUCCUAUGAUAUACCAAAGGGAGAGGAAGAAUCUUCAGGUUUGCUUCCUAGUGACAGGAAUAAAUCCAGAUCCACUACCGAGCUGGAUGAUUUCUCCACAAUUAAAAAUGGAAGCCAUAAAUAUUUAGACCGAGUUGGGAACGGUAGCUCAACACAGAGGAGCGCCAAGAAGGAACCAGGUCCAUCAGGAGCAGAGUUGGAGAGGCAACAGAUCCUUCAAGAAAUGAGGAAGAAAACAUCCCUUCACACCGACAGCAGCUGGAUCCGUCAGCGCAGUUCCAGCAUCAAUAAAGAGCCCAUUUGUCUGCCUGGGAUUAUGAGAAGAGGCGAAUCUCUAGAUAACCUGGAGUCCCCAAGGUCCAGUUCUUGGAGACAGUCCCCUUGGCUCAGUCAGUCCACAGGGGUCUAUGCUUCUUCCUCUGUCCAAGACUUCAGCCGCCCACCCCCUCAGCUGGUGUCCACGUCCAACCGUGCCUACAUGCGAAACCCGUCCUCCAGCGUCCCCCCUCCUGCAGCGGGGCCCGUGAAGACCAGCCCCGCACCGUCGCCCACUCCACGCAGCCAUUUCCCUUCAACUUCCCCAUCCCAGCCACGCAACAGGUCAGUCAGUGGGAAGCGCGUGUGCUCCUACUGUCAUAACAUUCUGGGCAAAGGAGCUGCCAUGAUCAUCGAAUCCCUGGGUCUUUGUUAUCAUUUAUAUUGUUUUAAGUGUGUUGCCUGUGAGUGUGACCUCGGAGGCUCUUCCUCAGGAGCCGAAGUCAGAAUCCGAAACAACCAACUCUACUGCAACAACUGCUAUCUCCGACUCAAAUCUGGACGGCCAACCGCCAUGUGAUGUAAGCCUCCAUACGAAAGCACUGUUGCAGAUAGAAGAAGAGUUGGUUGCUGCUGAUGUAGAUCUAUAAAUAUAUGUUGUAUGUCUUUCUCUCUCUCUUUUUUUUUAAAGAAUAACACUUUUUUUUUUGGCCUCUGUAGAUUACAUCAGAGCAGUAUAGACUUGGUAGAACCUGUAUUUUUGUUGUUGUUUAUUUAUAAGGAGGUAAUUAUGUGUGGGGAAAAGUGCAGUAUUUACUUUCUGAGUUCAGCAUCCUAACAGCACAAGGGUAAAAAGAACUUCAAAAUAUUUUUUGAGGCUGAUAAUGAUCAAUGGUGUUUUGAAGAGGGUUAUUUUAUUGUUUUUUUUUAAAGGUUCUAAAACAUUAUUUGAAAUAGUUAAUAUAAAUAUAUAAUUUCAUUUGCUGUUUAUUGUAAUGUAUGCUAAAUUAAUACAGAACCAUAUGGAAAAUGUCACUAAAAUGCACCCCCAAAUUUGCUUUCUGUAUCCUUCUUUUCAGCUAUAUAUUAUGAUUUGGAAACAAUUAGCUUAUAUGAAAUGCUAUUUGCUUGAUGAGGGGAGCUCUGUUUUCUUUAGAAUGGUCACUAGCCAGUUUUCAAUAGAAAGCUGCUGCUUUUCAUUAAUGAAAAAUCAAUAUAGUUUGUAUACCAAAAAUUUUCUCCAGGAAGUAGUGAGCCUUUCUGUCCAACUGUAUUUGUAAAUAAAAUUGCUGAUGCAUUUAA